AUGUUCGACAACGGACUCGACAUCGGGGUCAUCUUCCGGAACCCAGUGUUCAUGGCCACCUUUGGCAUUGCCGCCCCAGCCUGGCUGAUCGCGUUCGCAGCCUUGUGUGCGAGCCAAGCCCAGUAUGGCGCCGGAGGAAGCCUCUGGUUCGCAAUCUGGGUCCAGCUGUUUGUCAUUGCAGGUUUCUUCCUCGCAUGUGCCUCGGACGCUGUGCCGCUCUACCGUUUCCAGCUGGCCAUUUUCGCCGCCAUCUCCCUCGUCUUUGUCGUCGACGCCGUCGACUCCAAGAUUUACUCGCACCUCGGCUCCGAAAUUGCUUGUGCUGUUGGAUCCAUGCUCCUGGCCAUGGUCGACGACCCCCCGUCCUUGCCUCAGAUUGUCUGGAUUCUGUACCUCACCUCUGAAGAGGGCACAUUCAUCAACAACCUCUUCCUGAACGGCACUGGCGGCGCGUCGGGCUGGAGCCGCCGCCGUUCGUCGGGCAUGCACAACUCGCACGACAAUGGCAUGUACGCGUCCGAGUCGUCUGGCCUGCGCGGCGCCGCCGCCGAGCGUGGCAUGUCGUCCCACGACAUUCCCACCACCACCAAGUCGAACGGCGCCUACGGCGGCAUGGCCUCGUAUGGUUCGGGCGGCAUGGGCGGCGGCAUGGACAUGGCUCCCCACUCGACCGGCGGUGUGCCCGUGAGCACUAGCCGCGACGACUUUAGCGCCGCAGGCCAGUCGGUCGACAACGUCGUCAAGCAGAAGGCAAAGGCCAACUACGCGUACUCUGCCUCGCCCGACGACCCCAACGAGGUCUCGUUUGCAAAGGGCGAGAUCCUCGAGGUCCUCGACAACACCGGCAAGUGGUACCAGGUCCGCACUGCCAGCGGACAGCAAGGAAUCGCCCCAUCCAACUACCUGGCCCUGCUGUGA